GGCCUUUACCAGCCUGUGUCUGUGUUGUACAUACACACAUGCAUGCGUAUUACCGUGGAGUAGAACGUACCUAUACAGACCUGUGGAAAAUUACUUAAAUAGUGCGACAAUUUGCUUCUUUCCAAUAUGUGUCUUCUUAGAAAUCAUUUCGAGUUUUGUGCGUACAAGACUUAUAUGUGCAGGACGAUUUAAUAUUAAACACUGAGUAGUUCGAAGUGUCCGCGUUUAUUGUAUCUCGAGCGGUAAUUGAGGUUAUGAUUUCGUCGAUAAACACAAGGCAUAUGCUCGAACGUAAAUACUUUGUAUCGUCGCCCGUCGAUCUUGAUUAAAAGUUCAAGGUGAAAGUAGCGCACUAAGAUAGCGAUUAUGGCAUCGGCGAUCGAGGUUUUAGGAAAGCAGGCAAUGAAAACGUUCAGCGAUCGCCGGCUCUCCCAGAAAAACAUGGACAAAUUGUUAAGCCUGAUAAACAAGAUAACGGUCGAGGAUGUAAAACUUGAUAAGAAUGUUCUCGAUUACGUCAGCAAGCAGCCCGCGCCUAUGUGCGUGAUGGAUAUAUUUGAAAACAAGGAUAUAACAAUUGCGAUUUUCAUAUUGAAACAAGGAGUCAGGAUGCCUAUGCACGAUCAUCCUGGAAUGCACGGUUUAUUGAAGGUGAUCAACGGUAUGGUAGAAUUAACCAGCUAUAGUUUAAAGGCAAAGAGCGAGCAUGUGAUUAAAGCGAAGGAAGAAAUUGCGGCAUUCAAGCAUCGGUCAGUUCAUCUUCAUAACAACUCGCCCGCCUGUACCUUCACACCGACGGAGAAAAAUCUACAUGAAAUUUUGUGCGUGGAGGGUCCCGCGGCGUUUCUAGACAUACUCAGUCCACCGUACGACGUCGAUGAUUAUGGCAACGGAACGAGACCGUGUACGUUCUUCAAGAGCGUCAAGUCUAACAUAGUUAAUCUAAAUAAGCUAUGUACAGAAUUGACAGAUAUAAUCGAGGAAGUUCAGUUGUCAGUUAUGGAGACCAUGCCGGAAUUUUAUUCCACGAGUCUAGAGUACACGGGACCUCCCUUGAAAAAUCACUACAAUUAAAAUGGAUACUUUUCGCCUCGUGUUUUAUUUGCUAUUUGUAACGUUAUGCAUAGCCGUGUAGUACAUAGAUUUUCACGUGAUCUUCACCGCCACGUAUAAAUGUAUUCAAGAUUUAAGUAUUACGUGUACGAUUGGCAGAUACAAUUGAAUGUCCAUGUCGUAAACAUGUGGAGACUAUUGUCCUGUGAAUUUAGUUCAACUCUUACAAUUGGAUUAGUUCUGCAGUUAAACAUAUAUCACUGUCGGAUGUCGAGUAUGUACAUGGGUGUAAUAGCGAAUUUGAACUAUUCCGCGUAUAAGAAAACUAUAUUGAGAAAGAUACGGUACAUUUUUACUGGUAAAAUAAGUAAAAUGUUGAUAUAUAUCUUUGUGUAUAGCAGUCUUUAAAUGACCAGAAUAGAGGUAGUGCACACCUGACGAAUUCGCUAAAGAAAUAGAUCGAACAAUUUUCAUGCCGAUUAUGCUUAGCGGGAGAAGUAAAUAAAGAAGGAAGAUAACUGCUA